UUUAACCUUAAAUAAGUUUGAUUAGAACGUCACAUAUGUACGUUAAAAACGUUGGAAUGGAGUUAUUGUUAUAUUGUAAAGCAUGUGUAUGCUGGUGUUUAAUUGUUUUAAGUUCGAAAAUACUUAUUGUUCAAUUGAGAAUUUGUUUUAGUACAAUCUACUAUAAAUAUAAACUGAAAAUAGAUUUCAUGCUGAUAUUAUUAGAUGAUCUUCAUUUACAACGUUUUGUACAGUUUGUAGGGAUAAGUACAAAUUUCAUACAACAUGAUUCACAGAAUUGUUUAACAUUCAACAUGGAGGAAUCUUUGAACAAAAAGACGUCGUUGGAAGAGACAAAACCUGAAUCGUCACAAAAACCGUUGGUGCAAGUUCCCGAAGUAUCAUCAAGUGAUGAUAGUCAAGAAUUUUUUGAGGAUUUAAAGAAGAGGAAGAUACGUAUUAUGAAUAUUAUUAAAAAUUGGAAAGGUGGUCCAAUCGUAAUUAAAGACGUAGCUGAAAAACCGUCCUCAGAUAGAAAUAUAAUGAGAGCCUUUGUAGCUUUGAUUUACUUAGCCACUGACGACUAUGUUAAGUUAAUUCCUAACGAAAAUUUUGAUUUUAGUGGAAUUGUAAAAGAUGCUAAAUUUGACACUUUUCAGUUUAAUUAAUUUUAUAGUUAUUAGCACUUAAAAUGACUUAUAAUAGUCAGUUUAAAUGUUAAUUUACUUAAUCAGUAAAAUGUAUAUUAAUUCCUGGCAAAAUUUUUGUUCUAA